AUGUUCCAUCAAUCUGGUAUGAAACAUAUAUUUGAUAUAAAUUGUUUAAAUAAGAACGAAAAGAAACAUCUUAUGUUGAUAUUACCACCUGUAAACACUAAAGAACGCGCUAAAAUAGAUCUUACGGAUCUUAAAAUCAUUUUUUACCGUUGCAGGACUCUCGGUCUAUUGAAAAACCCGCGGAUCAAAAAGUAUUUUACGAUACUCAAGAAUCACGCAGGAUCAGAAAAAUUCCUGAUGGGACUGAUGCACCUAUACAAAUUUAUAGAGUUGAGGAAACAUGAGAUGAAGAAAAUUGAAUGCUGCUUAUUUUUGAGUUAUAUUUCAACGCAUUAUGGAAAAAAUAUUGAAAUGAGAGAAUGA